UGGUUACAUUAGGUUUCAUUCCCAUUCACAUACUAUAUAGGAAAUGGAAACUUCCAUACAACUUAGUAAGAAAUACGCUUUGGAUUGCCAACAUCUCCACCGUGGAUUUUCUGGCAAUGGUGCGACCAACAACCAAAAGCUGGUGGAGAUCCUGACCAGUAGAAACAUGGAAGAACUAAAGCUAAUUAGCCAAACUUACAGUGCCCUCUACGGCCAAGAUCUUCUCCACCUCCUCUCCACCACUCAAAAGAACCAGCUACUUGCUAGGGUGGCGUAUCUUCGCAUGAGCGAGCCGCACAAGCGCGAUGCUGAGAUAGUCAGAGGUUCGCUUUCGUCUACUUCGAGCAUGGACCUGAAUACUCUUAUUGAAGUCGUGUGUACUCGGUCUCCUUCAGAGCUUCAAUCUAUCAGGCAAGCCUACCGUGCUCGUUACGGUUCAGAUGUUGAGCAGGACAUUACUCGCAGGAGGAAUGGUAAUUUGAAAGAGGUUCUGCUGGCAAUUUUAAAUUCUAGCAAGAUUGAUGGCAGAAGAGUAGAUAUGAGCAUGGCAAUGUGUGAUGCGAAGGUUCUCUAUGAAGCGAUCGAGAGUGGACGAUCCAUCGACAAGAAGACCAUCAUUUCCCUUAUGGGCCAAAGAAGCAUUGGACAGCUUAAGGCCAUUUUUAUCUCAUACAAACAACUCUAUGGCCCCGAAUUCUCAAAGUCGCUCAAGCGAGACAAGUGUGGAGAAUUUGGAAAGGAACUCCGCGUUAUAAUUCGAUGUAUUCAGCACCCUGAGAAGCACUUCGCCAAGCAGCUACGAAGAGCAAUGGGAAAUAGCAAGGCCCGAGAAGUACUAAUGCGAGUGGUCAUAACACGGUCAGCGAUAGACAUCAAAGGCAUUAACAAUGCUUUUGCUGCCAAAACUGGGUUGCCUCUAGAGAGCCUUGUAAGGAGGGAAUUCAACAGUGCUGAUAAAGCCAAUGGCUUGGUUGCUGAUUUUCUCAUUGCAUUACUCAGGGGUUCUUGAGGCAGUCGUUCUAUCUAAUGCUAGUGACAAAUAAGAGAAGGUUUGUAGGCCUGUUUGGAUAAAUUAGUAGGGGACGUAGAACAGUUUGGGGAAAAAGAAUAGUUGUAUUUGUUUUCAGAUUAGUGGCUUAGGAUUGCGUUUGUCUUGAAUAGUUGUAUUGGAUUGAAUUGCAAUAAUUAGUUAAAGGGAAAAUACACCAUCUUUCGCACUUU